UCGCGGGAAGCGGCGAGGCGUUGGGGUGGCUCGGCGGGAUUCCGGGAGAGCAGCCGACAUGGAGAAGCGGAGCAGGGCCCCGGGCGGGAAGUCGCCCUCUAACCCGGCGCCUCAGCAGCCGCCGGUGACGCCUCGGAGGGAGAGGAGGCCUAGCAUGUUCGAGAAGGAGGCAUAUGCACAGAUUUUAAGAGAAAGACUGCGAGAAUCCGUUCAUGAUGUUCAGUACGUAGAGCCUCCGUUUGAGGACUCAGCUGCUGAUGUGGGGAAGGAAUGGAAGAGCGCCCUGGCGAAGUUAAAGUUUGCUAACUCGUAUCGAAUGGAGCCAUUGAAAAAAUUCCAGGCUCAUUCAGUAGAAACCAAAGUCCAGCAGGUACUAAAGGUUGCCAGUAGAUGGAUCUGGGAUGUCGCGUGGGACAGCUGGGUGGCCGUGAAACACGAAGCGGAAACCUACGUAGCCCUGGCCUUGGUGUUCGCACUUUAUUGUGAAUAGCUUGUUACGUGGGCUAAAGGACAUUUGCUUCUCAACUUUUCAAAAAUACAUGAAAUCUGUAGAUUUGUGAACCUCAUAGUAGUUUUGAUAAGCUAUAUUUUUAUCUCCAAUUGCAGCUUCUUAAUUGUAUUCUUUUUCACAACAAAGUAAAUGCUGGAUUUUUCCCUUUACACUUACUAGUUAUCAUAUUUACUAACGUUGUAUUACCCAAAGUAUAGAAGUCUAAGAGGUAUGCUUACAUGCUUAUAUAUAUGUAUGUGAAUGUGUGAAUGCUGGUAGUAGAAUCAUAUGCAAACAGUAUCAUCCUUGUUAGAGUUAAGAAAGUUAGAAUUCGCUACAGAAAAUUAUGACACAAAUUAAGUGUCAACUUAAGUAAGUGUUAAGAUAGAUUUUGGAAAACCUCCAAAAGCAGAUGUAUUUUGAACAGCAUCUCAAUAUACUGCAUGCAUUCUUUUGAAAGGACUUACCAAGUUUGAAAGAAAGAUGUUGAUAGAUUUAAUGCUUCCCUAACGAGCACCUCCCCCUCCAGUCAAAACACAAGUGUGCAGACCGUUUGUUAGUGUAUUAGCUAGGUUCUUGUUAGCUGCAAGACCCUAAAAACCUAACAUAAUUGUUAAAAAAGAAAAAAGGAGGAAAUUUUUAUUUCUCAGGCAUUUGAUCAAGAAUCCAGGCUUUUUCUGUCUUCCCACCCUCUGCUCAGACUUCUGCACACCUUUGUUUAACUCGAUAGAAUUUGAUCGCGUCCCCGAGGCUAGAUCGGUGGUAGUUCGCCCCCUGGGGCAGGGGCUGGAGCUCACCUUCCCUGAAGUGUGCAGCGGGCGUGCACACAGCCAUAAAUCCAAGCUCCUC